AUGGCGCCGGAGGAUGAAGACUUAACUGCAUUCCGAACGCCGAAAGGCAUCUACUGUUACAAAGUAAUGCCCUUUGGUUUGAAAAAUGUAGGUGCCACAUACCAACGGGCUAUGCAGACAAUAUUUGAUGAUAUGCUGCACAAAAUGGUUGAAUGCUAUGUAGACGACCUAGUUGUGAAGUCGAAAUUGCGCACAAAUCACUUGGUGCAUUUAAGGCAAGUCUUCGACCGCCUACGGAAGUUUCAACUCAAAAUGAACCCCCUGAAAUGCGCUUUUGGGGUUGCUGCUGGAAAGUUCCUCCGGUUUACUGUUCGACACAGGGGCAUCGAGAUCGAGCAAGGCAUCCCAUUCAUAUGGGAUGAGGCAUGCAAGAACGCAUUUGAGAGUAUCAAGUCAUACUUGAUGAAGCCGCCUGUGUUAACUGCUCCUGUUCACGGUCGCCCGCUGAUCCUUUAUAUCUCCGCCCAGGAUUGUUCUGUAGGCGCCUUGCUUGCUCAGGAAAACGACAAGGGGAAGGAGAAUGCUCUCUACUAUCUUAGUAGAAUGAUGACCCCGAACGAGUUAAAGUACUCCCCAAUUGAAAAGCUAUGUUUGGCACUUGCGUUCGCCAUCAAAAAACUUAAGCACUACUUCGGGGCUCAUACAAUCCGGCUUGUUUCCAAAGCGAACCCGGUGAAGUAUGUUAUGGCGAAGGUCGUGCUCUCUGACCGCCUUGCAAGGCGGUACUUAUUGUUCCAACAAUUUGAAAUCAUCUAUGUGCCGCAGAAGUCUGUCAAGGGGCAAGCCUUAGCCGAUUUCUUAGCAGACCAUCCAAUACUUGCUGAAUGGGAGUUGUCUGACGAUUUGCCUGAUGAAGAUGUGUUUGUCAUUGAAGUCCUACCCCCAUGGAAAAUGUACUUUAAUGGAGCUUCGCAUAGAGAAGGGGCAGGUGCUGGAGUUGUCUUCGUCACUCCAGAAGGCGAGGUGUUGCCAUAUUCAUUCACCUUGACCGAGCAAUGUUCAAACAACGCUGCUGAAUAUCAAGCAUUGAUACUUGGGCUCGAAAUAGCGGCUGACAUGAAGCAACUAAGAAUUAACAUUUAUGGAGAUUCAAAGUUGAUCAUAAACCAAGUGUUGGGUCUAUAUGAAGUGAAAAAGGCGGAGUUAGUCCCAUAUAACAACUAUGCAAAGAUACUCAUGCAAUGGUUAGGGGACAUCACAAUUGAACAUGUACCGAGGAAAGAAAACAAGCAAGCUGACGCCUUAGCCGCAUUGGCUUCAACUAUUGCUCAUCCUGCAGCCCGAAUACAAGUAUGUCAAAGGUGGGUGGUUCCACCAAUCUUUAAUGAAGACGGCUCAGUUGAUGAAACUGUUGAACUCCAUACUGCCUCAGUGUAUGAUAUAGGCAAAGACGACUGGAGGCAACCGUUAAUUGACUACCUCACUGAUGGAAAGUUACCUGAAGAUCCCCGUAAAAGGGUGGAUAUAAAGCGUCGAACUCCUCGCUUCAUCUACUAUAAAGAAACAUUGUAUCGUCGUUCCUUUGAUGGAAUAUUUCUCCGAUGUCUAGGGGAAGAGGAAGCUUUACAAGCUAUGCAAGAAGCUCAUUCUGGGGUUUGCGGUGCACAUCAAUCCGGUCCCAAGUUGCAUUUCCACAUUAAGCGAAUGGGAUAUUAUUGGCCUACAAUGGUAUAUGAUUGCAUAGACUAUGCUCGAAGGUGCCAAACUUGUCAAUAUCAUGCAAACUUUAUCCAUCAACCACCAGAACCUCUGCACCCAACAGUUGCAUCUUGGCCAUUUGAUGCUUGGGGACUUGAUGUGGUUGGCCCAAUUACGCCUAAGUCAUCUGCAGGGCAUGCCUACAUAUUAGCUGCCACCGAUUACUUUUCGAAAUGGGCUGAAGCCGUGGCAUUGAAGGAGGUGAAGAAAGAAAAUGUUGCAGACUUUCUCCGUGUCCACAUCGUCUAUCGAUUUGGUAUCCUGCGAUAUAUCUUAACAGAUAAUGGGAAGCCAUUUGACAACAAGUUGAUGGACAAGAUCUGCAAGCUUUUUGACUUUAAGCAGCGAAACUCGUCAGCUUACUAUGCAGCUGCAAAUGGGCUUGCUAAAGCUUUUAACAAGACCCUAUGCAAUUUGUUGAAGAAAGUGGUCUCAAAAUCGAAAAGAGACUGGCAUAUCAGAAUGGAAGAAGCUUUGUGGGCGUAUAGAACCACAUACCGCACACCUACUCAAAGCACUCCAUAUUCUUUGGUGUAUGGUGUGGAAGCGGUCUUGCCUCUAGAGCGCCAAAUACCUUCCUUAAGGUUGGCUAUACAAGAGGGGCUUACUGACGAAGAAAAUGCUAAGUUACGCUUGGCUGAGUUGGAAGCCUUGGACGAAAAACGUCUGCCCAUCAUUGUCACGAGAAAAACUGGCCACAAGUUCACUUCAAGGUGGGAUGGUCCCUACGUGAUUUUGGAAGUUUACACAGGCGGGGCUUAUAAGCUAAUUAGUGAAGAUGGUUUGAAGAUCGGUCCGAUUAAUGGAAGGUUCCUAAAGCUUUACCACCCUUAA